AUGAGUACGAACGCUGGCGGUCUUGCUCAAAUGACGUACAACUCUUCUUUCAACAAUGGCAAUUCCCUCGGCGUUCCGAGCUCCGGCUUUGCCUCGCGAGGGAAGGGCUCCCACAUCAAGCGCCUGAGUGUGCCUCCCCAGGUGGCCACCAUCGACGAGUUCCAAGCGCAGGUCCCAGUCUCUACGCCUCGCACCAGCCGCUCGCAUCUCCUAGCUGGAUUGCGCACUGCACCCCGAUCCGCUACAGUUCCGUCCCAGCAUCCGCAGCGCAAUGGCAUGGACAGCGGUCGGCAGUAUGGUCUGUCUAACCGUGGUGCUGACCGUGUUCCUCAAACUGCGACCGGCACUGGAUUCCCGCAGCACAUGUACGCGACGAACCAGACACAACACAACCGCCCGAUGUACAUGCUGCCCGAGCAGGUGCUUGCUCCUCCGAUAAUCGAUAUGGGUGGCGACCAGUCCGUGGAUGAAAACAUGUACGCGGAAUUGAUGUCGACCAAUCUCUUUCUGGCGGCACAGCAGCAGCGCCUACAACAGCAGUUGAUCAGCGUGACGGCUGCGGCUCAGCAGUUCCAAGGUCUGAAUCUGGGCGGUAUGCCCGUGCCUCAGCAGCAAUCUGUUCCUUCGCUCUCUCUUCCUGGCAUGGGUUUCUAUCAACAGCAACUUCAGCAGGGUGUGCAGCCCAUUGUGCAGCCGGUUCCUGGACAGCCGGGCUUCUUUUCGGUCUUCAACCCUCUGACCGGUCAACAAAGCUACAUCAUGGACAACGGUUUCCAGGAGGAUAGCUCGCCGCAGUUUCAAACCCGAUCUCCUGGCCCGCAGGUGCCCCAGUUCCGUGCAGAGAUCUCUCCCCCGGCUGAGUCCGCACAGUCGCCGAUGCACUUCCCGCAGCAGCCCAUCUCUCCUCCGAAUGGCACCCCAUCUCCUCCGUAUGAGAACUCCAACGCGUUCCGCCGCUCCCACAAGAAGAAUUCGUCGUUCAACCCUGCUGUGAAGACCAACAUCGACACCGCCAAGGCGAACGUCGGAUUCGGUCCUCGAUCUGCUGCUUUUCCGCCCACGCCGGCCACUGGAACAUUCGGACCGGGCCAAAAUCGUGCCGGUGAGCAUCCCGUCCGUCAGCCUCGUGGACCGCCUUCGCUCGAGGAUCUCCUGGCCAAGCCGACCUCCAAACACGAGGGUAGCAAGAACUUCGCAACGCGUCAACGGCGCCGCGCUGUUCACAACCUCGUCCGCGCAGGAAUUGAGCGUCGCGGCGAGACUCGUAGCUUUGGAUACCACAGCAGCGGAGGCACGAACACGCCAGCGAGCGAGAAGGAGUUCACGUUUUCAGACGGAGACGAUGCCACUGUCCGCAGCGGCAGCCUCUCCAGCAAACCCAGUCUGGGCAGUCUGCGCGCAGCGGCCAACGGCGCCAUCGGGUCUGAGCGAAAGGAAAAAUCAGGCAAAGAUCGCAAGUCUCCCGAGAGCCCGUUUCACAGCACAACCCCAACCAGCGAGGACGGCUACUUUAGCUCGAAGCUAGCUGACGCUCGCGCCGACCAAGUCUCUGCCUCGUCUUCGGGCACUUCAUCUCCCUCCGUGGCGGCAGUCGUGGCUGGCCAGGGGCCUGUGGCCCAAGCACCUGAACGGCGCAAGACGCCAAUGCUCGUGCUGUCUAGCGCUGAAAAACGGAAGACUCCUCUCAUGUAA